GUUAACUAUCAGCUGCCGUACCCGAAUGAGGGCGGCACGAAAGUUGCCUACGCGACCCGUUCGUUCAUCACUUGCUGCAGAUAGGGCACAUUUUCGAUCUAGCGACGAGGUGCACGAAGUGCCGCCGGAUCCGAAGACGUCAUCUUCACCAAGGAAAGAAGCAUCGGGUGUCGUUGAGCGAUCAGAUCGAUGUCUGCUCAACGACCUCGACCCUUCGAAGCUGUCGGCGCUGAUCUGCGGACAUCCAGCAGGAAGGGGAACGGCUCUGCUGCUCCAAGCAUUACGACAGCAAGUGACCAUUGCCGCCUCGUCUGAGUAUUCUCGGAAAGCAUUGUCAUGGAUCAUCGACAACGACGUACUGCAACUGAAAAACAGGAGAAACUGCGCCCUGACUCGGGUCCUUCAAGCGGACGGUGUGGAUUCUCGAGAACAAAUGGCUAGGCUUAUCAACACGCUCUCGAGUUUCACUAACGGAAGGCAGUAUCUAUUAACUCACCUUCGACUAGUGCUCAACUGCGUGGUGCCAGUACUUCGUGGUCGACGUUUGCCGACGACUACGCAAGAGCAGCUUUUAGCCAUGCUUCAGAAGACUAGCGUUAGGCCAGCAUGUCAAAAAGAGCUGUUGCAAUGCGGAAUGUUGGAAUGGAUUGUAAAUUUUCUAGAAGGUCGAACAUCUGCAUAUGCUAACGAGUACGCAUGUUCGCUGGCCAUCAAUCUGUCUCUAAAUCCAGCAAGCCAUUCUCUACAGCUUCGCUUCGCAGACUCUUUAGCUGCAGCUGCAUGCAAUGUUCUCAACAGGGACGCUCACGGGUUCGCAUGUUCGCUGUAUAACUCAUUGGUGCUGGUGUGGCUCAGCUGUGGACGAGUUCGUUUGCGAGCCAAGGAGACUCGUCUCCUGGAUGCACUGCGAACACGAAAUCUCAAGAAGAUCUGUCCUCUCUGUGAUCUUCAUAUACCCUAUCUAAUUGCCGUCAUAGCUGGAGGUAACGAGAUCGUCAAAGUACCGCAAGCUCCCAGCGAGGGUGAGGUGGAUAAUGUG